AUGGUGCAAGCAGUUCUGACAGACAAGCCCGAAUUCCCGGUGACCAGUGUGGACAUCAUUGCAUGCCACAGUACGAUGGGAAACCUGCUACGUUUUGCAUUUGAACAGGAUAAGCCCUUCAGGAUGCUUGUUGAGGUACUCGGCAAGACGGUCUUCUUUAUCAGAAGGGAAAACUCACCCACCGACAUGAUUCCCGGUGUCCGUGGGUAUGGACAUACUUUCCCGGAAGCAUACACCACGUGGAGUGCAAAUGUGGGCGGAUCCCAGUCUCAUCAACGGGUGAUGGAGUAUGAGUUUGCUGGCAUGCAGUGCUUGGUGCGUUUUGAAGCGGAUGGCUUUUUGCCCGACCUGGUCCCGAAUCCGGAUACCGAGGAAACCGAAGAAGAUCCUGUUAUCCCAGAGGAUAGUAUCGACCCAGAGGAAGCUUUGUCGUCCAUCGAAGAAGCAACAAUCUCAGUUGUGACCUCGGCCACUACUGAAACGGCACCGAAGCAGCUCGAAAUCGCAAAGCAAGGCCAGCGUAUCCCACAGUGUGCAGUCUUUGACCUAAAGACUCGGUCUCGCAGCAAAAGGAGUGUUAAUGUUCUUGAUGGAGAAUUGCCCCGGUUGUGGGUCUCGCAGACUCCCAACUUCAUUCUCGCCCAUCAUACAGCUGGUCGAUUCAAGCAUAUUCAGGUUCAGGACGUGCGCGAUGAUGUGAAGCAGUGGGAGGAGACCCAGCAACCGGCUUUGGGCAAGUUUGCCAGCCUACUCCAAAUGAUCGUAGCAUUCGCUCGGAGCGUAGAAAACGGAAAGCUUGAGAUUGAGCAUGAGGAGGGUGAGCAGGUUUUGAACCUGAGAGAACAAGGUGGAGUUGUCAAUGGCGUCUUGUCCCCGGCUGUCGCAAGCAAGUGGGAUAUGUAA